CGCUGCCAAAGUUCUACAACAACGUCUCCUCCUUCCGUCAAGAAAGAAAAAAAAAAAAGAAAAAAGGGGAAGAAAAGAAAAGAAAAUAAAAUAAAAAGAAACAACGUCUCCUCCUCUCUCCACUCCUGCCGAAGCCCUCGUUUUUCCCAUCCCGAGGGCGAUCUCUAGCUGUAGAUCCUCUCCCUCGGUCUCCGCCUCGGAAUCGACAUGUGGCGCGGUGACCCUCGUCGUCUUCUUUCUCUCCUCUCUUGUGCCUGUUAAGAUCCCUCCGAGCACCUCUUUUGGUCCUCGUUCUCAUCGCUUUCUUUGGGUUUCUGGCGGACGACCCCGAUUCCCUAUAAAAGGUUAGAAUGGCUGCCACCUCAUUUCAUCAGGCCAUUGGAUCCAUCCACGCCCAUGGGUGUCACAGCAGCUUUGGCUCUCAGAAUGGAAUUAGAAAUUUGUCGGUGAAUAUGAUUUCUAGGGGUUUUGAUGUUGAUGUACGGCUGGUUGCAAGGGGAAAUUGCAGCUCUGGGAGCUGGAAAUUGAGUGUAACCCAUGCAUCAGGCUCACAUUCUUCCGUAGCUGAUCCAGUUCAAAUACCAUCAAAGAAUAAUUCUAGUGACUCAAAGAAAAAGCCACAUGAAACUGCGCUUAUAUUGAUUCGGCAUGGUGAGUCUUUGUGGAAUGAGAAAAAUUUGUUUACUGGAUGUGUUGAUGUACCCUUGACUCAAAAGGGCGUGGAGGAGGCAAUUGAAGCUGGAAAAAGGAUAUGCAACAUACCUGUGGACAUGAUCUAUACUUCUGCUUUGAUUCGUGCUCAAAUGACUGCCAUGCUUGCCAUGACACAGCAUCGCCGGAAGAAGGUUCCAAUCAUCACACACAGUGAGAGUGAACAGGCCCAGAGAUGGAGUCAGAUUUAUAGUGAAGAAACAAAGAAACAAUCUAUUCCAGUGAUAGCGGCUUGGCAAUUGAAUGAGAGAAUGUACGGUGAAUUACAAGGUCUCAACAAGCAAGAAACAGCAGAUCGAUUUGGAAAAGAGAAAGUUCAUGAAUGGCGUCGCAGUUAUGACAUCCCUCCCCCAAAUGGAGAGAGUUUGGAGAUGUGUGCCCAAAGGGCUGUUGCUUAUUUCAAAGAGCAGAUUGAACCCCAACUUUUGAGGGGAAAAAAUGUGAUGAUUGCUGCACAUGGGAAUUCACUAAGGUCUAUUAUUAUGUACCUUGACAAGCUGACUUCUCAAGAGGUAAUCAGCCUUGAGUUGUCAACUGGCAUUCCUAUGCUCUAUAUUUUCAGAGAUGGCAAAUUCAUCAGGAGAGGGAGUCCUGUAGGACCUUCUGAGGCUGGUGUUUAUGCUUAUACUAAGAGCUUGGCUCUUUAUAGGCAGAAACUGGAUGAGAUGUUCCACUGAUAGGAUUAAGCAGGUCAAUAACGAAGGUCGUCUCGGUUAGUGAUGGCUUAAGCAUUACCAUUUUGUGAUGUCUUAGUGGCUUCAAUCAUAUGUGAUCAGUUCCAUGGAGUGGUUGUUUCCGACUGAUGUACAAGAGACUGUCACUGCCUUCAGUUGUAAUGCAAGAUCUCCACAUGUAUUCAUGAUGGGAUCAACAACCAUGUUUUGUUACAAUUUCCUCCACAUAAGCUACACAUAGAACAAUAAUACGGCGAGCAUUUGGCUGGUUACUAGUUUUCUCAUAGCUCAGUCCACUGGUAGCCUCAGAUCCCAUCGCUGGAACCAUGCUGAGGUUGAUAUUUUGGCUUCCUUGGUAACCAGUUGGUAGGGCGGUUGGGUUGGCUCUCUGCUCUUUACCAUUAGUUGAAUUGAGUUUCUAAUAUUGUGAACAUUGAGCUGUUUGGAAAGGAUAAAAAUGUUCUUUUGUCAAAAAAUCACGGGUGCCAGGGGUUAUUUCUACUUUUUUUUUUUUUGGAUAGGACUGAAGGUUCUUGAUUCUUAAUAUCGGGCCUUAAAUCUUAAUGUCUGCUCUUUUUCACAGUAGGCAAUUUUCUUAAGCUUGCUUGCAUAGGUGGCAUUGUACAGAUAAGCGGCUUUUGCUUUUGUGGUAAAAAAAAAAAAAGUUAAUCCUC